CAAACUGAAAACUUGACGCAUUUUUCAAUAUGGCGGUGGUGCAACAAAAGUGAACUUUGUCGUAGAAGAAGCGCGGCUUUUAUUUUUAUUAAACAAUUGUACGAAAAGUGCUACAAACAUUGCACCGUUGCAUCGUUGCAGGUGUACACGCGAAAGUUAAUCUGGAAAAAGUGUUAUCGUGCCGUCGGAUAGACGUUUGCCGUCGUUAAUUUGCUGGUGUAUUUCUUCUCCCCCCUGUAACUGCGUUUGUUUACGAACGCGUCGGUUUGUAGAUGCACAUUCGCUACAAAACCGCAAAACUCAACAUGUAUAACAAUUCGAACGGUAGCGUCGAGCAUGCCGACUCCAGCAAAGAGGAUGUUGGACGUGCCGGGAAGAGUGGCGAAGUGAUAAAGGAGGAUAAAGUGCAAGAUACCGACGGCAAGGAGAGCUUCAUUGAGGAAGUGGUGCAGGAGGAGGAGGGGGAGGAGGAAGAAGAAGUCGAAACAUUAGAACACACUCAAGGUGACGCCGUGGAGGCGGAAGAAAUGAUUACAGAAUCGUUGGAAAAGGAUGACGGCGAGGAAGCGGAAGUGUUGGAAGACGCGGAUGCAGAACCACCGGAAGAAGGCGACGAUGCAAACGCGUCGAAAGACAAACAGAUCGAGCAGGAGGUUUCGGAAGCGGAGGACGAUAAAAAGAUUACUAUCGAAAUCCUAAAACCGGAGGACGUGAAAAAGGAACCGGCAGCUAACGUGUCGCGCGAGGAGAAACCCACCAUCGAGCUGGACAUGUGCAGGGUGUGUAUGGGCACGGAAGAGCUGUCGGAUAUUUUCCAGCUCGAAGGCCCGGUACGCGUCAGCGAUAUCAUCAUGAAGGUGUGCACCAACAUUCGCAUAACGGCGCGUGAUCAUUUACCGCACAAAAUCUGUGAACGGUGCCUCGGGCAGGUGCGCAUUGUGAACGAGUUUAAGAUUCGGUGCGAAGCGUCGGACAAAGAGCUGCGAAAGAACUUGAAGCGCAGCGCGAACAAAAGCCGCCAAAAGGGCGAUUUCAUAGUGGUGAACUGUCCGAUAUCGGAUUCGGAUAAGGAGGACGACGAGCCGGUAGACGAUGACGAGUACAAGGUGUCACAGUCGGAGGUGGAAUCGGAACCGGCCACCUCGGAUGAUAGCUUUUCGCCGCCGAACAAGCGGAAACGUACGCCCAAGAGAAGGGGACGCAUUCCGGGCAGUGGUCGCAGAGGCAAACCGGGCCGUAAACCGAAGAACAUGGCCACCAGUACGCCAACGGUAGCAACGUACACACCGAAGCGUGGCCCGGGUAGGCCACCGAAGUAUCCGAAAACUUCAAGCCUAUCGAACAUAGUGUACAUAGAAGCGCCGGAAGACAGUUCCACCUCGGGCGAUGAUGAAGAGGUGAAGCGCAAGCGACGAAAGCGCGGUGACAAUCCGUGUCCCAAGUGUGACGAGGUACUACCCAGCCAGCUGGCGCUGAAACAGCACCUGAAAACCCAUCCCGGCGAUAGGUUCGAUUGCGAUCGCUGUGCACUGUUCUUCCGUACGGAACGAGCCCUGGCGAAUCACAUCGAGCGACAUAAAAAGGCGGAUCGUAUACGCGAGGAAAAGCGAAAAGAGCGCGAACAGCGUAUGGAGCAGCGUUCCCGCUACACGCCAAAAUCGUCCGAUGCGGAAAAGUCGAAACUGAAUACACCGCAAGGUUCGUCGACAGUGGAAAGGAAGAAAAAGUCGGACACGUCCGCCGUCAGCAGUGGGAGGGAUCUGUUCAAGUGCGUAGCACCACUGACGUCCACCUAUUGGAGCGAUAGUUUCUCCGACUAAAAUGUCCCAACAUCGUUGCACCGUGCAUGAAUCAUCAAAUGGAAGAUAAAACAUUUCCUGUAGGACAACGAGUGAGGAUCUUUACAUAGUUUAUAUAAUUUAAUUGUGUGAACAGAUGAGGGAAAUUUAUUUUAGUUAAGUUCCGCUGACAAUGCCCCAGACACAUUACCUUCAAUGUAUAGGGAUGGCAAUAGCCACAAAACAAAAAAAAACUAAGCACAUCUUGCUCGUACUACGAACUGCAAUAUUUUAUCAUUUAAUUUUCGAGAGUUUUUUUGUUGUUGUUGUAGUAAUCCAAUUCGUAACAAUAUUAUACAAUUUAUUUUGCUUCCUAUAUAAUUAGCGAUUGAACAAACCACAUCCACAAUUAAAAAAGAGAUGAAUUUUGUUGAUUAUAGUUUGAACUAGGUAAAUUCGAUUUCGGUCACAAUUCGUUUGUGCCCUUCAACAAGCAGAAAAAAAACUCGAGAUUGAUUAUAUAAUUUUUGUCAUAUUAUGAUGUAUUUUCUAAAUCCAUGUUUAUACAAGAAGUGUAUAAAACUAGACGGUUUUAGGGGUGUAACUUUAAGGCGAAUAAAUUUCUAUAGUAAGGUAAGCAACAAAUUACAUUGAGAAUGAUCACGCAAAAGAAAGGAAAAAAAUAAAAGUUUGUACUUUAGGCUGAUAAGUGUAAUUAAAAUUGAGGAAACAAAAAUACAGAAAAUAUUACAAUACUGUUUUAUAGCAUAAAGCGUCCCAUCGUUGUGAGUUGAGACGAUGGUUUUUUAGUGAAGCAUAAUUUUACAAUGAUGAAGUAAUGGAACGAGUAAUGCGUACUAGCUUUUUCGGCUUACUAAUUUUGGGUUUAGAUAUGUGUUACGUGUGUGCCCACGAAGCUAUUUCAUUUCCAGUUUGCGCUGUGUAAAACAUCACGGAAAAUAAGUGUUUGAGUCAAGCGUCCUGUUCUAUGUUUUAAAACAGAAGCAAACAUUACAAUCAAAAUUAGAACUUUUACUUUAUUUUCGACAAGCAAAGGAAAUUAGACUAUUGACGUCGAACACUUAAGGUUUAACUGUAACCGCAAGUCGGAUGUGAGAGAAGCCAUGUUUCAUUUGAUAUGUACAAUAAAGAAAAAAGCUUACAAAUCUA